AUUGUAGACAAGUCUUUUUUCUUCCUCUGAUCAAUUUUAUAAGAAGGCUGCAAUUAGAAAACACCCUUCUAAUUCGUGAAAAGGUGACCGGAUUUCCUCAAGUAUUAUUGAAUCCCAAAAUGCUAAUUCUCACCAUCUUCUUCAUCUCACUCCUCCAUCUCCUCCACCCGACCACCGCCACCUUCCCCUACAAUGCAACUGACAUCAUCCUUCUCGACUGUGGAGCACAGUCCAACACCAUAUCAGAAUCGGACGGUCGCAACUGGGAUACCGAUAUCAGCUCUAGGUAUUCCUCCUUCAACGAUCAAAAGUCAUCAAUUCCUUCCAUUGCCUCUCACCAAGGCUCUUCGGUUCCCGCAGUUCCAUUCCUCUCUGCUCGCAUCAUUAAAUCUGAAUUCACCUACAGCUUUCCUGUCUCCUCCGGCCCAAAAUUCCUUCGUCUCUACUUCUACCCGUACGAAUACGACAAUUUUAACAUGACCGCUUCCUUCUUCUCCGUCACUGCCAAUAUCUACACCCUCUUGAAAAAUUUCAGUGCGCAUAUGCAUCUGACCGAGCAUGCGACCUACUUGAUCAAAGAAUUCCUUGUUACUGUGCGGGACAAAGAGAUGCUUAAUGUAACUUUCAUCCCUUCUCCGAACUCCUUCGCUUUCAUUAACGGCAUCGAAAUCGUUUCCAUGCCCAGCGGCCUCUACUUAAACUAUAAGCCAAUCCCGUUGGUGACUGUAGUCGUUGGCCAAUCCUUCCCUUUGGAUAAUAACACCACCUCACUUGAGACUCUUCAUCGGCUAAACGUUGGCGGAAACGGCAUUGAGAAUGUGAACGAUGCAGGAAUGUACCGAACCUGGAGUCAAGAUGGAGAUUAUCUUGUCGGAUCACAUUGGACUGUUCCAAUUUUGAACAAAUCCCAGCCGAUUCAAUUUACAGAAAGCACACCGGAGUACACCGCACCCAAGGAACUUUACACUACUUCGCGUAUGAUGGGCAACAAUACUUCAUUGAAUUUAAAAUCCAACAUGACCUGGAAGUUCCCGGUUGAUGCAGGGUUCUACUACCUCGUCAGGCUUCAUUUCUGUGAGAUUCUGAUGCGGGUCACAGGCGAUGAUCAACAUGUUUUCGACAUAUUCAUCAACAAUCAAACUGCGCAAGCAGGCAUAGACGUGUUUAAAUUGGCCGGUGGCAGUGGACAUCCUAUGUACGAAGACUAUGUUGUUAUGGCUGAAAACAAUACCAAAGGAAAGGACCUUUGGCUAGCGCUGCACCCUCAACCAAAAAAAAUCGCUGAUGCCUUUUUGAACGGUUUAGAGAUUUUCAAAUUGAAUCUAUCUGGGGGUAACCUAGCUGGACCCAAUCCUGAUCCGAUUUUUAGUCCUGCACCUCCGAAUUUGGACAAGAGGCCCGGAAGCCCGAAGAGUAAAGUAACAUCAACAAUUUUGCCAAUUAUCGGAGCUAUUCUUGGUGGUUUUGCUUUGUUUGCUCUCCUCUUGAGUUUUUUUGUUUUCCAGAGACGAAGAAAACUGAAGGACACAUCAAAGUUGUCUACGAUAAAAAGCUCUCCCCUGCUACCUUCUGAUCUUUGCCGUCACUUCUCAAUCGCCCAAAUCAAAGCCGCCACUCAAGAUUUCAACGAUCAGUUUCUGAUCGGAAUCGGUGGAUUUGGUAAUGUUUACAAAGGGAUUAUAGAUGGUGAGACCACCACUGUUGCAAUCAAAAGGUUAAAGUCUUCAUCAAUGCAAGGGGCCCAUGAGUUCCACACGGAAAUUUCCAUGCUUUCGAAGCUUCGACACAUGCAUCUUGUUUCUUUGAUCGGAUAUUGUGAUGAUCAAGGUGAGAUGAUACUGGUGUAUGAGUACAUGCCACGUGGCACACUCCAAGAUCAUCUCUACCGAACCGAGAAUCCCCCAUUAUCAUGGAAACGGCGGCUGGAGAUUUGCAUAGGGGCGGCACGUGGGUUGCACUAUCUCCAUAAAGAGACGAAGAACUGUAUCAUCCAUCGUGACGUGAAAUCAUCAAAUAUAUUGUUGGAUGAGAAUUACAUGGCCAAGGUGUCAGAUUUUGGUUUGUCGAAACUAGGUCCUACUAGUGCGUCGCAGACCCACGUCAGCACUGUGGUGAAGGGUAGUAUCGGGUAUUUAGACCCGGAAUAUUAUCGCCGACAGCAUUUGACGGAGAAAUCUGAUGUGUACUCCUUCGGCGUGGUCUUGUUUGAGGUGUUGUGUGCUAGGCCGCCGGUGAUCCCAGGCCUAUCAAAGGAGAAAGUGAGCCUGGCCCCUUGGGCCCGCCUUUGUUACCUAAAAGGAACCCUAGAUGAGAUUAUCGACCCAUGUUUGACGGGUCAGAUUGCACCGAUGGCCUUGCAAAAGUUUGGUGAGGUUGCAGAAAAAUGUGUACGUGAUAACGGAAUGGAACGACCCACCAUGAGCGAUAUUGUGUGGGCCCUAGAGUUCACGUUGCAACUUCAAGAAACCACAGAUAAGAAAAUGACCGGCAGUGAUGCGACCACCACCGACGAUGAGUUCUUUAGUGGUUCAACCGAGAAUGUGGCGAAAUCUCAACAGCCGAUGAGUGAUACUUCAUCAUGUGGCAUUACUGUGAGUGAAUUGAGCAUCAAAACCAAGAUCUUGGAGAAAGACACAACCAGUCUGCGAUUUGGUGACGACAAUUAAGGAAGAGAAUAGCUAUGCUCAAAUGUAGUAGAAAAGUUGUACAUAAAAAAUACUGUAUCUCAUGUUUUCAGGUGCUAUUAGUUGUUGGGUUUUUUUUUUCUUUUUUUCUUUUUCUUUGUCUUUUUUAUGAUGUUUUGAGGUGUUUGUUAAAUUGUAAUGAUGUCUCAAUACUUUUAAGAUUGGUUCCAA